AAUAGUACUGUAAUAUUGUGAUUACUUGAUUUUAUAGGUUAAUCGAAUUAAUCAAUGAAAAUACCUUCGAUUCAUUUAGACCGAAAUAGUUUGUUGUGAUUUUAAAAAUAUAUUAUGUAAAUACGAAGGUAUUAAUUAUCAAGUGUCAAGUAUCGAUUAACUCAAAAUGUCUCAAGGAAAGGUUGUUUUAAUGGCUUGUGGGAGCUUUAGUCCACCGACGUAUAUGCAUUUGCGUAUGUUUGAAAUUGCCAAAGAUUAUUUGCACUCAUUGGGUUUAGCAAAUGUCAUUGGAGGUAUAGUAUCACCUGUUCAUGAUGCUUAUGGAAAAAAAGACCUGGUAGCUGCGCAGCACAGAAUAGCAAUGUUGAAGCUGGCACUGCGAUCUUCAACAUGGAUCAAGAUAUCUGAUUGGGAGACGCAGCAGAAUGGCUGGACAAGAACGAGAAUCUCUUUACAGUAUCAUCAGGACAUAAUCAAUAGAUUUUUAACCAAUAUAUCAACAAUUGAUGACAUGGACGCACCUAACUGGCUGCCUGAUGAUAUACUCAAUGUGAACAAUAUGAACAGCGGGAAUAGUAUUGAUGAGCCUGAUAACUUAAUGGAAAGGUUAAAUGGUAACCGGGUUGAACGGGUUACUGUGAAACUACUUUGUGGCGCUGACUUAUUAGAGUCUUUUGCGACACCUGGAUUAUGGUCUGAUGAGGAUUUAGAAACGAUUGUGGGCCGCCAUGGAUUAGUGGUGGUAUCUCGGGCGGGUAGCGAUCCCGGCCGAUUUAUAUACGAGUCUGAUAUGCUAUACAAACAUAGGAACAAUGUGACUCUGGUGACCAACUACAUCGCCAAUGAGGUGAGCUCGACGGUUAUCCGGCGGUUAGUUCGACGUGGCGAGAGCGCCAAGUACCUCACAGAUGAUGCGGUGCUUGCCUACUUGCGGACCCACCGUCUCUAUGGCGCCACCUCCUCGCAGACUGAGUAUAACAUACUUAAUGAUCUUAUAGCUAACUACGACAAAAGAUCUCCUCAAGACGUCAUAAUGGCGUCUCCAGAAGAAACUAGCUUCAAAAGCAUACUAAUAUCGAUCAGAGACAAACCGUCAAUUGUCGAUGAAACAGUAACAGUGAAAAGGGCAAAGAAAACUAAUUUCUUAAUGCCAAAUAGUCACACAGAUUCGGUCAGUCCAAUUAUGGAUACGAUAAAACCAAAAAUGGCUUACGUAGACAAGGUACCAUCAAGUUACGUGCCAGGAAAGGCAGUUAAGAUAGUUAGCGAUAUAAAUGAGCAUGUCUUGAAGGAUGAAAAGGGAAGCGGUUGCCCGUUGUAGCUGACAUGUUGCGCGCGAACCGACGGCCAGUCGCCGUAGCGGGCUCCACGCGCUGCCACCUUGACGUUAAAGAUUUUUUUAUUUAUUUUUCGUUCCAAUGGAAUCGAGAGCAAUUGUGAAUAAAAUUGUUGUCAAUAGGUGCAUCAUUUACUUAUAUUAACAGCGUUUAUGCACUCUAUUACUGCAGGAACAGAAAAUUAGUGGUCAUUUGAUGGAAAGUGGUAAUUGGCGCUUUUAUAAGCACAAAUGUCAAAAAGCGUUGUCUCUCGUUUUGAAAGUAUACCUCUUGUUUUAGCGAUUGUAGAAUAUUUCUCCUACUAUGAAAUUUGUAUCGUAGUACAAGGAAUUUAUUGCUAUUUUGCGGUAAAUUAUGUAAAACGAUUAAAUUUAAGUGCAUCACUAUAUUAGAGCACCACUGGUGUGUAGGUAUAUAAAGGUGUUGGUCCUGUUAAAAUGUAUAGAUUAAUUUUAAAGACAUGAUGUUACAUAUUUCUGUUUGUUAUAUAUUUAUAUGUUGUAUGAAUUUGUUUUAAAUGUUUAUCAAAUUUGGUAAACUUUUAUACAAUUUAUUUACAUUUGCUCUCAUUCCCAUUGGAACGUGCCAUACAUACUACUAUAUUCAAGCCGUGUGCCCAUUGUAGGUAUAUGUAGUGAGACUAAAACAAAUAAAACAUACUUAUUUUUGAUUUUGGGAAUACUAAACAUUAGGUUGAAAUAUGUAGUCUCUUGAUAAUUGAUCCAAUAGAAUUCGAAAUAGCAUCUCAUUACUGUAUAUGCCCACUGCAUUCCUAGUAACUGAGAGUAAGUACAUACUAUGCUUUUAAUUAUGUUUAGCUAAGUCUCGUCAAAUACUGUGUAUUCCUACUGCAAUGCAGGAGCAUAGGUAAACUAGUAGUUACCCAUUUACUGUUUGAUCCAUAAAAAUUGAAACCACAUAAACACAACUAGUUACUAGUGUUUUGCAACAUUGUAUGAGAAUUUUAUAUAUAAUAAGAAGAGAAAAUCAAUAGUUAAAAUAGAUUUAUUAUUAUGCAUUUAACCUUUUUUGUAAAUAGCUAGCAUAGAAAGGGGUACUAUUCUUGUUGCUAGAUUGCUAGAUUAGUUGUAAAAUAAUUGUAAAUAACGCCCACGUCAGAAUUAAUAACAGUGUUUCGUGUUUACAAUACGGAUAGCAUCGGCUGGGACAGCAGAAAAAUGGGGGCUCGAAUUCUGUUGAUUCAAUCUAUCGGGAAUAUAAAUUUUUCGACCUAAUAUUUAGAAAUGAAUAAUAUUUUUAGAUGUCAUUUAUGCAUUUAGAAAUUUAUAAUGCUUAAUGUUUAACACUGUAAUAAUAGAAGUGUAUCUAAUUAUAAUUUAUAAUAUGUUUCGACACACGGUUUUUAGUUUCAAUUUAGUUUUUAAAUAAAAAAAAUGUUACAUAUAGGUACAUGUUGCGUAAAAAUUAACUGCAAAUAUUUGGUGCGGCCGUUCAGUGUAGUAACUAAAAUUAUAUUACAAUUUUUUAUUUUUGGUAAAUUCUUUAUAGUUUUUUUUCUGCUCCUUGUAUUAUUAACAUUGAUUGCCUACACUAAAGAUCGUUGUCGACUUAUGUCUUUGCCUUUGUGACUUAAAAAUUAGGUUAAUAAUAACAUAUGUAUUUUAAUUAGUAUAAUUUUUAUUACCUCUUCUCUAUCGCGUGCCUGCAUCUUUUCAAUUUCAUAAUAAAUAUUACUUUUUUUUAUAAUACCGUUAAAUUGUCUGCAGUUCAUUUUUAAACACCAUGUUAGAAUAAGCUUCUUAACUAGUAAUCUGUAUUUUAGAUAGUUACAGCAACUAGUGAUUUGUACACUUCCAAGAAUAUUUUUGCCGUUAUUAGUAGUUAUUAAUCUUUCUGAAAUACAGGCAACCAGACAUGGUAAGUUCUGUUUAAAUUAUGGCAUGGUUUAUUAGUGUUUAAUUAUGAAUAUUAAUGUUGCUAGUGUUAGUCAUAUAUUUGCAUGUUUAUAAAAUUGGUAUAUUUGUUUUAUUAUUAAAUUGCAAAUUUAUUAUAAUUACCAACAAUGUAAUCGUGGUUAUGUACUGAUUCCAUGCCUGCUGAUAUUAGGAAAGGUAGGCUCCAGAGUACUACUAAUUAAUAAUAAUAAUCAAAUUUUUAAACAUGUUUUGUCAGUGAACGCAAAAUGUGGCGGAGCCAUAAUUUUGUUUCAUCUACAUGACAUUUAUUAUACCGCUAAAAGCAAAUUCAAGGAUUUAAUUUAAAUUGAUUAAUUUAGAAUUUUAAACACUUUUUGAACGAAGUUUAAAAACUGGAUUAGAUUAAUCCUAGAAAUUGCAGUUGGUUCGCAUCUUGCUAUGUUAGAUUUCAAUGUGGUAAAAUGUGGGCAGUUUAAAAUCAAGCCUUAACCACCGAAACAGCAACGGACAGCCCUUAUUCUAAUUCCAUUGAUUACCUUCACUGCAACUAUCCAAAAUGUUUAUUUUUAAAUUUAAAUAAAUAAUUAUGUAUUAUAUAAUUAUGUCGAAAAUAUUCAACUAGUUUCAGGAACGGGAACUUUUAAGACUUGUUAGACAUUCCUCAGCGCAUAUUUUUAUCCUUCAAAUAAAAUAGGCAUGAAAUAUGUAUUAUGAAAUUAUGCAUUUCCAUGCUAUGCUAUAAAAGAGAGACAAGCGCGGCCUAUAAAUUUUUUUAAAAAAUAGGAAAACGGUUUAGAUCGUGCAAAAGUAUAUGGGAGUCUGCGAAUAAAUAAAAUUAACGUAAAAAUGUAGCACGUUCAUUGACAUUGUGUAGUGUCCGUGCUAUAUAGAGAAUAUUGUAUCCAAUUUCAUAGCGACGUACCUAACAAGUCGAAAUCCAGUGACGAACCUUGACACAUUAAAUAUGAAAUAAUAUAAAAUAAUGCCCUUGAAAUAUAUUCGAUAUAUAAUUAAAUAAUGAACUUUUGCUUCCUUUUAAUGCAUGCAAGCUUAUCGAUGUUUUAAUAUAGUAAUAGCGACAACUAUGUACUUACUAUUAUAAUGCAUUUUGGUCAGUUGAUUCAAGCAUAUGACUCAAAUGAUAAUGAUGAAAAAUAUAUUGCUGUGUUGUGUUGUACCAAGGUAUAGAGCAAUUUGUUGUUCUAUAUUGUCGUUUGUACAUUUCUUUUAAAUCUAACUCUAAAGGCAAAUUAAUCUACUUAUUUGUUUAGUACAAGAUAUCGGUCAAUGCUGUUUUUUUUUUUAUAUUCACACGCGUGGUUGUGUAAACUUUAACACACAAUAAUAACCGUAUCGUAUAUACCUAAAGGUUUAUUUUUCGUUUCUCUAGAGUACAUACAUACAUUGCAAUGAUGUCUUCUUGUAGAUUGUUAUGUAUCCAUUUAUUUACAAGAUUUAUGAUUAAAAAAAGAAAAGUAAUAUAAUCACGGUGUCAUAUUUAUAAUUUGAUUUGAAUAUAAAGAUAAAUUAAAUCAUGGAAUUUAAAGUUUUGUAAAUUACAUAUUAAAGUAGGUACCUAUCUACAUAUAUUUAAUAGUAAUAUUUAUUUUUCGUUAAGCUUCUUCUAAAAGAGACAAGAUCUUGUAAAGAAGCAUGAAAACAUUAUUCUGCAUUCUUAGUACAGCAUUAAUGAAAGGGUCCAUUAAAUUAUAGAAUAUGCUUGUUUAUUGCAAGUAAUGCCCAAUUUUUACCUUCAUAAACAUGCUUUUUUAUAUAAUAUAAUAAGGCAUAUUCAUUUUUUUUCUCUAUUUUCUCAGUAAAUAAGUAUGUGGUGGCAUUCUUUAAAAUCCUUAAUGAAAAUUAAAUAUUCUUGAACCGAAUAAAUAUGUAGAUGUAUAGGUAUUUAGUUAUUAUUUUUAAUGAAGCCGUAAUAAAUUUCGGCCUCUUACAUUAGAUUAGAAAAACGUAAAAGUCAUUAAAUGCAAUUCUAUGGCUAGGCGGGUAGUUGUGUGAUUUUGAGCAUUUAUACAUAUUAAAUAUGUACUUACUUUAAGGUCUGGCAUAAUGUUGUGUCACAAAAAAAUAUUCUUGUAUAUUUUAACUGGAAUAUAAAUAAUAUAAAAAAUAAAAAUAACUAAUUGUUGCCUAUUGCGCUUUUUACGUGUCUGAAUAAUAUUCCAUAAAAUAUUAUUAUUAUUGCCGCUCUAUUACUUUAAUUAUACUAAAAUUCUGUUAUUAUAAUAUGUUAUUAGAAAUUUUAUUAAGUACAGAUUGAGUGCACUGUAAAGAUAUUUUUUAUAUAAUAAAUUAUAAAGAAAUAGGUAUUUAAAAAUUUGUUUAAUAUUUGAUGGAUAAUACAGAUGGUAUCACUCUUACGGGAGGCGUAUUUUGACUAUUCAAUCAAUAUUGUAUUGGGAAUAAAUUUAUCUGUUGUAUUUGUUAAUAUUUAGGUUUUUUUCUAGUGACAUUUGUUGGUGCUGAAUUGUGUUCCAGAACAUUCUGGUUUUUCAUAUUCAGUAUAAUUUUUGAGAUCCUAAUUUGAGAACUUAUAUUGUUUUACAACGAUAUUAUAUUGCGCUUGUAUCGAUUAUCUUUAAAAUUAUUGUAAACUGAAAUUGCGAACCUUAUUUUUUUUUUAUUAAAAUCAGUUUUUAUUAUUUUUAGUUUUAAUCUAAUUUUGAAUUAUAUAUCAGUAAGAUUGGAAUUGUUAUUUGAAGCAUAAAUAUUGAUAGAAGCGUACUCGAUGACCGGCAACGACGUUUUCUAUAAUCCAGUUAAAAUUAUCGAGUAAGAAUAUUUUGUAUAGGUAAAUUAAUUUGUAUGGGUGGGAUACUGUUCCUCUAUUAUUUGUUAAGAUUUCUGGGUUGUAAUAUAGAUUUAUUUUUAUUAUUGUUAAGUAGCAAUGUUAUUUAUAUUAUUACAAAUUUAUCAAAUACCUACUAUAAUAAUAAAUCAUUUAAAAUAAGAAAAAUAAUAUAACACAUGUACCAUCUGUUAAAAUAAAUGUAAUACCCUAUAUUUAAAAUAAAAUUUCUUGUAACUAGGUGUAUUUCAUAUUUUUUAGUGAUACCUAGCAUUUUCAAAUCUGUAGUUUUUUAUUUUACAGCGCCAUCGUUUGACGUAUAAUGUAUCAUAGUACAUUUCAAUUUGAAUGUCAUAAAAAUACACAUCAUGGAGAUAGCUAUUAUCGCUUGUAUAUGAGUAUGUUUCUGUAUCACAUGUUAACAUUUAGAGACGCUCAAAUUAAAUGUCUUGAACAGAUAAUUAGAAAAUAAGAUUUGGAACAUAAUAUGUUCAUUAGUCAACUAGUCGUUUUAGGCAAGAGGGAAACGGAAUCCUUUGAUAGAAUCGUUUUGAUUAAUGUUCACAUGAGAAAAAAUAAGACGCGAAAUGUCACUGUAUUAUUAUUUCAUGGACUCGCUAGCGAUAACGACAUCACAAUAAAUCCGUUUGCCUCUUGUCCCGUGGACUGUAUCGAAUUAAAUAAAAACUGCAGCAAUUCAUCAACACUUAGAACAUUGUAUACAUUAAUGAUGUACACACAUGUGAUAUUUAUAUUUUUUUGUGGAUGGAGAUUUAACAUAAUCCGAUUCGUGACUGAUGUCUAAACAUGAGAUGUACUCGGUAAAUUAUAAAUCAGAAAAACAUUGUUAAAUCAGUUGAGCAAUUAGAAGUUACAUAUUUAAAAAAAAUAAUGAAUCGCCUCAUUAUUGUAUAAAUGUUCUAAGGGUAAAUUUGACUGAUAUUUUUGAAUUCAUAUUUCGUGUACAUCCAUACAUAUUUAGAACAAAGUCAUUCACUUGUAGUAAAUAUUAUAUUUGUGAAGGAAUUAUUUAUGUCUAUGUAUGGUUCUUAUUUCAAAAGGAUUUAUUUAUUUACAAUCUAACAAUUGUAACCAAUAAAUGAGCAUUUGAAAUGCUUAUUAAAAUUUUAUUUACAUAA